GUGCUGAUUGGUUAUCGGGACAGUGCCAAGAGAUCGCUACAACAGAUGGUGUUCUCCUCGAGCGCACGGCAUGCUCGCAAGCCACAGUACGCACACCAUUUACCGAUAGUUUCGACGCGAGAAAAGGGAACGAGCAGCUGGAGUGAGGUUAACGGAUCCUUGGACGUAGUUGGAGACCGUGCAAAAAGAAGCUUACUUUACAAAUAUUAUACAAACUCGCUCUGCGAUCAGGAACCAGUAGGCCAGCACUGCAUUCUUUACUCAUGCUAACUAAGGAUGGAUGACACACAAAACGGGGUUCGGGUUGGAGAGAACAAGUUCAUCAGCAAGGCAACUCUUCUUACCCAUCUCAAAACUUACAACCUCUACUACGAAGGCCAGAAUUUGCAACUGAGACACAGAGAGGAAGAGGGCGAGCUUAUUGUUGAGGGGUUGCUCAAUAUCGCCUGGGGUUUACGUCGACCAAUCAGACUUCAGAUGCAGGAUGACCACGAGAGAAUCAGACCUCCUCCCUCCUCAACAUCCUGGCACUCUGGCUGUGCCUUGGACACCCAGGGCAACACAGAGGCUUCACAGCAGGUUCCACCCAUUGUGGAGGCAACACAGCAGGCCCUGCCCACUGUGGAGGUGACAGCCCCAGAGAGCCAACCAGAAGACAACGAUGUGCAGGAGGACCAGGGGGAAGAGCAGUACGAGAGCUCCACUCAGCUUUUGAGGACAAAGAGUGAUGCUGGGGUUUUGAGGGGAGGCCAGAGACGGUCAUCUAGCGACCAGAGAAGGAUACGACGACACCGCUUUUCCAUAAAUGGGCACUUCUACAACCACAAGACUGCAGUUUUCACCCCUGCAUACGGGUCAGUGACCAAUGUCCGUAUUAACAGCUGUAUGACCACACCUCAGGUGCUCAGAGUUCUCCUCAACAAGUUCAAAAUUGAGAACAGCCCAGACGACUUCGCACUCUACCUCGUACACACCAGUGGAGAGCGAAUGAAGCUGCAGCGUUGUGACUACCCCCUGGUUGUCAGAGUACUGCAGGGUCCGUGUGAGCAGGUUUGCAGGAUCUUCCUGAUGGAGCAGGACCUAGGAGAGGAGGUCACUUAUGACGUGGCGCAGUAUAUCAAGUUUGAGAUGCCAGUACUGCAGAGUUUCAUCACCAAGCUGAAGGAAGAGGAAGACAGAGAGGUGCAGAAGCUCAAAAGAAGGUACACCUAUUUACGUUGUGUUAUUGAGAAACAGCUGCGCUGUACCCCAGAGGGGACCACCUGCAUGUGAGUUUCCCAAGGACCAGAUCUCCAGCUUCUCCAGAAACCAAGGGCCUCCACUACCACCCACCUACCCAUCCACACUGAAACCAGAUACGUCACGUUGUCAUGGAAUGCUGAAAUGUCUGGAUGGUAGUUACAUUUUACUGUUUAAAUUCAAUCCAAAACACAAGCACAAAAACACACUCAUAGGAGAUGAGAUAUGAACAAUUUGAAUAUGUGAGAGACAGUGAGAGACUCAUGCAGUAGUGAACUGUGUGCAUGGUGAAGCUAUUUGAAAUCAGGGUUAGGAUUAUGGACUUGUGAGUGCUGGUUUGCCUGUAGCUGUAUUCUAACUUGUGUUUGAGGGUGGCUGGCAAUAUUUUAAAUAUUUAGUUUUGAUUGUGUAACAGGUUGUUGAGAGAGCAAAACUGUAUAGGUCUCAAUUAAUGCUGUGAAAGGUCUGUAUGUAUUUUAUGAAGUUGGGGAGGGUUAUUUUUCAAGACCUUUGUGUAUUUCCUGAUUUUGUAAUGUUUUGGUAAUGUUACAUUGAGACUACCUGACUGAAAAUUCCUCCUGCGAUGCCACUAGUUUAAAACCUUUUUAAUAAUAAGAUUAUAUGUUAUGUUUAAAAUAAAUAUUGAAUCUAU